CACAGAUGAAUCACUCACAUUUGACAGAUUCUAACUAGAUUUGUUUUUGCAAUUUGUGAUUUGUGCAUUUAUUUUGCGUGUGCAUUGUCGUUUCGGUGAAUAAUUCGAUAAAAUCCAUGUAGUGCGCUGCAAAAUGUCUCUCGGCAAGUUUGAGAACGUUGGUGCGUUUGUGAGAGACUGUAGAAAUGGUACUUUGCUUUAUGACGAAGCGUGUUUGGAAGUGAUCACGAGUGAGACAGUUACUUUCUGGAGCCAGUAUGAGGAAUGUGAAGGAUGCAAGUUGGUGCUAACGAAGACUUUGGAGACCACCGGAGAAAUAGUCUUGAAGACUUUGAGCCCUGUCCACUAUGCUGUGAAAAAUGGCAAUGGACAGAUAUGCAAUGGCACAUACCUCUUCGGGGAAUUCGGCCAAUACACGUUGAACCUGACAGAGGCGACGAAGGAGGAAUGUCUGCCGCGCAUGAAGGCGGAGCCCGACGCGGCGCACCUGCCCAUCCUGACGGCGGUCGUGGUGCUCCUCGCCAUGGCCACGCUCUGGUACAUCGUCAAGGGCAUCGGCAAGAGGCUGCUUACACAUAGCUUCGUCGCUAACUACUUCAACAGGGAGGACAACGAGCUGGGGUCUGAGACGCGCGUCUUAACAGCUGAAGUAUCCGCCCCGCGAGCACCCACGCGUUCCCGGUUGCGCUCCUUGGACAUCUUCCGUGGUUUCUGCAUCGCUCUCAUGAUCUUCGUGAACGCCGGCGGUGGUGGAUACGCGAUAUUCUCCCACUCGACAUGGAAUGGCAUAACUGUCGCGGACGUAGUGUUCCCGUGGUUCGCGUUCGCUAUGGGGGAGGCUCUCGUGCUGUCGCUCAACGCCCGCCUGCGUACCUCGCUGCCACGCACAACGGCUUUCUAUCAGGUCGCCCGUCGCGCGUUGCUGCUAGCUAUAAUCGGCAUCAUCCUGGGCGCCGUGAACGUGUCGUGGGCGCACGUGCGGCUGCCCGGCGUUCUGCAGCGGCUGGCCGCCAUGUACCUGGUGGUGGGCGCGCUCGAGUGCGUCUUCAUGCCCACCAGCCAGAACAUCACGCCCGGUCGUUCUCUGUUCCGUGACAUCGCGGCGGGUUGGAGGCAGUGGCUGGCUACAAUCGUGCUGGUGACCGUACAGGUAUGCGUGACGAUGCUGGUGGCGGCUCCGAACUGCCCCCGCGGCUAUGUGGGCCCCGGCGGCCUGCACAUGUCGGCCUAUGGACAGGAUCUGCGCGGAUGCACGGGCGGCAUAGCGGGAUACAUCGACAGGGUGGUCCUAGGUGCGUCGCACCUGUACAAGCGCGGCAGCUUCCGCAUCCUGUACGCAGCCACUGUGGCCUUCGACCCUGAGGGCCUGCUGGGCAUCCUCUCCGGGGUGCUGGUGGUGCAGGCCGGCGCGCACGCCACGAGGAUCAUGCUCGCUUAUAACCACGCCAGGGCCCGUAUAAUGCGUUGGGUGUUCUGGUCUAUCAUCUUCGGAGUGACCGGCGGAGCUCUGUGCCUGUUCUCAAAGAACGGAGGCCCGAUCCCGAUCAACAAGAACCUGUGGUCGCUGUCCUACUGCCUCGUGACGUCAUCAAUGGCACUAUUCAUACAAGCCGUGUUGUACUUCAUCGUCGAUCUGAAGAACAAGUGGGGAGGGCGCCCGCUCUACUACGCUGGUCAAAACGCGCUGUUCCUAUACAUCGGCAGCGAGCUCCUCAAGAAACACUUCCCGUUCUACUACUCGGUACCGGCGCCGACGCACGCGCAGCUGCUGGCGACACACGCGGCUACCAUGCUGCUAUGGCUCGCGGUCGGCGUCGCUUUGUACAAACGGCGGAUCUUCAUCACCCUCUAAAUGUAUGUUCUUCCGAAAUAUACAGGGUGUUGGAAACGCCGUACCGAAUGCUGAGGGAGUAGAUUCAGCUCAUAAUUCUGAGUUAAUAUCAAGUGGAAUUUCAUUUACUCAAGAUUUUAUUUCGAUGUUUUUUUUUUAAUUAUUUAAAUUCCAUACAUUGGGAUGGAAAAUUCCUCUUGAUAUCAACUCAGAAUCAUGGUCUGAAUCAUCCCUCAAAGUUUUCGUUACGGUGUCACUAACACCUUAUAUAGGACUGUUUACCUUCAGCCGCGGUCGUAACCAAAGUUUCGUAACUGGUUAUGAACCAGUGAAGACUUCCACAAGUUCCACUUGUAGCGAGCUUCCUCACGACGCGAUGCAAUUCAUGCGAUAUCCGAACAAAUGACGAUUUGAGAAUAGGGUCGUAAGUAGGGUUGCCAGGCCCUAAAAUACAAAGGCCGGACUCGGCGCUAUAUAACGCUGGACAUUUUGUGAUAAAAGCUUCUUCUUCUUCAGGUGCCUCUCCAAUUAGUGGAGGUUGGCCAUCAGGUCUUGAAAAUGUAUCCUUAUCUCCCGUGAGGCGGAACAGUUCCACCGCACUCGUGAUCCCAGUCCAUUCCCUGAUAUUACGCAACCAGGACUUCCUCCAAUAAAAGGACAUGUUUUUUAUAGCCAAACUGUUUUUACAGCAGGGCUGAUGAAAAAUGGUGAGAGCCCUCAGCGCUCCCCUUUUGUCCGGCCAAGUAGUUAAUGCUAAAAAAAAACAAAAAAAGCUGAUGAAAAAAGUAUGUUAAAAGUAAGUUCGCUUUCCGCUAGCCCGGCCUUCGCCCGGCCCGUCGUCGUAGCCAUCGCCACUCCAACAAAAAGCCUAAAAAAAGCUGAACAAGCCUCACACACAAAUAUUUGUCAAAAAGCCAAACAUGUCCGGCUAAAGCCGGGCCCUGGCAACCCUAGUCGUAAAAUCGAAUUUUCUUUUAAAAUCCAAAACCUAUUGUGUCUGGAAAUCAUGACACGGCAGAAUCGAGAAGGCGAUAGCGUGCGUACGCAUGCGGUCGCUCUCUCUCGCUCUAGCAAAUGACGGUUCUGAGUAACAGAAAAGGAGGAGCAUAGGAAAGUGCUAUUAAGUUGCCGCCAGAUGUGGUUCAACCCUUAGGGUUGAUGACAACCUAGUUGUCUUUUUUAAAAUUAUCAAAGCGUGUCUAUUAACUUUUACGAAAUAAUGAGUUCGACAUCUUCAAGAAAUUGUCAAACGUCUAUUACUGGCAACCCAACCCUAAUAUCGUCGUGAGAAAGAAGCCUAACAUAACAUAACGUUAGUAACUCAGUGACGUCGACGUUAUGUCCCUCUAGGAGGUCAGCUAUCCUACUUCCCGUUACGUACCAACGUCGAGGAGUAAAGGGGAGCGCGCAGACUCUCUGUCUCGCUUGUACAUACGCUAUAGGCGGCACUCGGUAACAAUCUGAUUUUAGACGGAGUGGAGUGUACAGUCAUGAGUAAUAUAAUGUACCCACUUCAGGACUCUGUCGCACGAACAUAUUUGUCAUUUAGUGAGACUUACAGUUCAAUUUGUCAAAAAAGUUAAUGUGACAUGGUACCAAAGUGUAUACAUAUUAAUGCUCGUGACCGUACUCGUAAGGGCGAGAAUAGUAGACAUAUAUAGAGCGUUUUCAUUUAAUAUAUUAUUUUUCCCAUAUACGCUGUCACGUUCUACUUUGUGUAGCAAUUUAUAAAAAUACUUCUCGUCAAGUUUUAUACAACGUCGUAAUUGGCGCUAAAUUACAUUGCGCUUUAAAGACAGUGAAAAUAAUACUAUUUUAAGUGAGGAAAUGUGAUAAAUGUUAGAAGACGCAAACGCGUUGCUUUGAAUGCCAAAUUAAAAUGAAAUGUCUUUAGGACUAACAAAAAGAAUAAAUAGAAGACGUAUAGACACUCAGAGAAAUUUACAUAACAUGAUGUUAUGUCCCUUUAACAUAAAAAAAACUCACGACUAUGCCCCAAUGGGGGUAGUCAGAACUAAGUACUCACGCCUCACCGAACUUUCUAUUAGUUCAAGGUGACGUCAUUAGCUAUAUUUCUCUGUUCCUAUACAUCGGCCGCGGAGUUGUCCUUGGGCAUAGAAUAAGGAAUAAUACUACUUAGCAAGGUUUACCCCCCCAUCCUCGUCUUCAAUUGUAUGGGCGUUAAUUAUAAUGAUAACAGCCUAUAGUCUAUACGUCUUAUAAUUAUUCUUAUGGAGUAACACAAACGACGGUAGCUCAUACAUAACUAUAAUUCGGAAAUUCGAUGGAAUAUUCACCUUAACUUGAUGGUAGUACUAUACCAUAAAAUUAUUAUCAUUUUAAAAAGUCAGGUAAGGCGGUGAAUUGUAAUAUCAACUCUAUAUUAUGUACUACCAUCAAGUUCGGGUAAAUAAUAAAUAUGUCACCCAAUUUCCGAUCCUACUAAUUAAUAUCUAUAGUUUUAUUUUAUUUAUUUAUUUAUUUAAUAGACUUAUUUACUCUUCUUCUUCUUUGCGAGUCGAUGGCGAUCGAAGCUAAACUUAUUUACUGAUAGUGUUGAUUAAAUUAGUCAGUUUUAAGAUUUUACUUUGAACUGAACUAUCAUAAUAUUUAUUUAUUUUAUUUUAUUAUACUAUAUUUUUUUAUAUAAUAUACUACAUAUUUCCCAAGGACAUAGGAAAGUCUGCCGCAAUCUUUCAAGCGUUUGUGUUACUCCAUUACGUAGACUGAUAAAUUGGUUACCUAUUGAUAAUGGUAGACUUUAUUGUAUGAUGGUUUAACUGUAAAAUCGGAUUAUAAUAUGUUUUUAAAGUUUGUAAGCCGUGUGGCAAUUUAGAUUUAUUACAAAAGGACAACCAUGAAAACUAAAAUCUGAUUUAUAGUUGCAUCUCUUCCACACUCGAGGUGCGUUCAAAUAUCACGCACGCGUAAUAUAAUAAAUUUAAAAACGAAAGGAAAUAUAUUGCAGAAACCAUAAAUUUGCAUCUUUUGAACGCACCUCUUUGGCAUUGUUUUAAUGUGUACGUAAACGGUUUAUUCACUAGUCGAUUAAUAUAAUUAUCGCUAAUGAAUAUUCUGCUUUAUACUUUUAUUAUAUAUUUUUUUUUGGUCAAGAUAUUUUAUGUUCGUGCAUUUUUUAUAUACUACACGGUAGUAUAGAUUAUAUACUGUAUAUGAAAGUAGUGGAAAAUUCACACCGACCGAACAUUGCCGAAAGCGUCAUAUCGAAAUUGGUUUCGAUUUUUAUUUACAGUCAUUAUGUAUAACUGUAUUUCUUAGUUAUAAAAUUAAUAAAUAUAUCUACAACAAUGCGUAUUAUG